AGAUCAGCAAGUGGAACACCUCAGGAUGGUUGUGCUGUACAAGGACAUUGCCAAGACGGCGGAGAACGUGCUCCGCGACGACUAUGACUUUUCGCGUAAGCUCAAGAUCAAGACCAAGGCGUCGAACGGCGUCUCGUUCACGACCGAGGGCGACAUGGCCAGCAACAAGGCCAUCCUUGCCAAGCUCUCGGGCUCCUUCACGCACGCGAGCAGCGGCGUUGUCUUCAAGAAGCUGCAGGUGACCACUCACGGCCGAUUGAUCUCUGAGGCUGAGCUGCCCGACGUCUUUACUAAGGGCCUCAAGCUCACGGCCAAGGUUGAGGACGGCUCGCUCGCCAAGAACGCAUACGCCAAGCGUGCCGGCGUCUUUGGCUGGGAGUAUCAGCAGCCGAGCUUUUCGGUGAGUGGUGCCAUCGACGUUGGCGUCAGUACCAUCACCAAAGCCGCCGUGUACAGCUUCGACAACGUGCUGGUGGGCGCCCAGACUGCUUUUAACUACAACAAGUCGGCUAUCGUGGACCACAAUGUGGCUCUCAGCUACCGUGGCAACGACUUCACGGCCUCGCUGCAGACCAAGAAGAAGUUCAACGCACUAUCGGGUUCGUUCCACCACCACCUGUCACACGACACCGUCUACUCGGCACUCUUCAACUACGACCGCAAGUCGGGCCAGAACACGCUAAGCGUGGGUGGUCGCUACAACGCCGACAAGCUCACCGCGUACGCCGGUAAGGUCGAGUCGGACGGUCAUGUGUCUUUGGCCCUGGUCCAGAAGAUCCGCCCCUUCUUGGCACUGACAACAAGCGCUCACGUGGACGUUAAGAACUUCGACGGCGACGCGCACAAGUUCGGCAUCAGCCUCACUUUGGGCUAAACAGCGGCACGCAUAUACGUAGACGUGUGUCUGGCCGAUGCUAGAUGGAGGAAUUGGGUCUGCUAAUAGAGGGGUUGUGUCGCGCCCCCGACGCCGUAGGUUUAAUGUCUAGGCCAAUUCAAUUCACGUCUCAUGUACAAUUUCA